AUGGUGGAACGCACGCCGAUAUUUUCGGCACUUCCGGUUUUUCGGCCUAUCUUUUCCCUCUCUCCAGCAGUGGAAGGCAGGUGGAACACAUGCCAGAGGAAAGCCAGCAGCAGGGGGAUGUACUUCCUGGUUUGGCAUCUUAUAUUUAAAGG